AUGUCUAUUUUUCUCACCAAGGGACCGCGCACCGUAGCCCAGUCGCUCCGCAAUGGCGCGCGCCUAAUGUCCAGCGCCACCGAGCAGGAGGCUAAAGAGCAAAUGCACCGAUGGACUACGAUCUCCAAGGGCAUGAUCGCGUUCACGUCAGUGUUCACGGUUUACGCCAUUAGCGACCAUUUGAGCCAUGGACACCACGAAGAAGAGAAGCCGGCGUACCCGUACCUCAGGAUGCGCACCAAGCCAUUUCCGUGGCCCGAAUCGAACUGCGACUACCUGGACCGUGAGUGUCGUGCCAAGGCCCGCGCGGCUAAGAAGGCUCUUUCGGAGUAA